AUGUUCUCUGCAAAAACAAAACAUUCRCACCUCGACCAGCUUAUUGAGGAUUUUACAAAGUGGGAAAAUGCUACCAAAGAACUUUCCAAAGAAAACACUUCAUUGAAUUCACAAAUACGUACUUUAACCAAACACGUACAGAUAAGCCAAGAGGCUGAAAAAUGCGCUGUGGAAGAACGUAACAGCCUGAGAAGUAUGGUAGAUAAACUUCAGUCUAUUCUUUCCAAGAGAUGCGACCUGGAAGACGAAAAUCGUCAAUUAAAAGAACAAAUCGCGCAAGCCAAAA